UUUAAACUUGUCUUCCUUUUUACACUGUUUUUUGUACUGUAAGUCAUUCAUCAUUUACUGUUCAUUGUAGUGUUAUUUUCAGUUUGUUUAUUUUGUCCACCCUCCAAGAUAAGAACUGCAAGAGACAUAGUUUCUGUAAUAGCCACUGCUGUAAAAACACUGAAGACUACUUGUUUGCCAAAACCAAAGCCAAACCAAAAGAACUGCAAAAAAACAUACCAAAAAGUCACCCAGUUGAAUAGGAAACCUGCUCACCGUAGUAUUCCAGAUCAAGAUUCACAGAACAGGAUCCCUGCUAGCUGUGUGUUUCACUGCUUUCUCUGCUGCCUGGAAAUGGACUGAAAAACUCCUAAAGGAUCUCUUAUUCCAUGAAAGGAAACAUUCAGGAAAGAAAGAAAAAAAGGAGAGCUGUCUUUGCUGUUGCACAGACUUUAGCCAUGGACCUGCAUGAACAACUGGAGAAUACUGAGAGGAACUGGAAUAAAGAAAAAAUGGAAUUGCUGGAGAGAUUUGACAAUGAAAGGAAAGAAUGGGAAUGUCAAUGGAAGCUCAUGCAGAAGAAAAUAGAAGAGCUUUACCAGGAGGUAAAACUUAGAAGGGAGAGCAAUAUGACCAUCCAUGAUAGCAAGGCCAUUCAGAGCAAGAUGCUGCAGCUGUCCAUGCAUUGCCCUACUUUGCAAGAGAGUGACACAGCAGAGCUGAACCAUCAACACAAUGUGGCAAAGGACAGAAUGGAGAAAGGGAGCCUGCUUGGUGUAACAGGACACGAAUGGAAGGAGCCCAGAAACAAGAGCAGAAACAAUAUUCUGUUAGUGGACAAUCUGGCCUUUGAGAACCACGAAGAACCUGAAGACAGCCUCACCAUUAAAACCUCUGAGCAGAAUACAAAGAAUUAUAUUGGUGAUCUCAAUGUAGCUCUUAAAGAACUUGCCAGAGUCAGUGAAGAAUUAUGCAGCUAUCAAGAGGAAAUUCGAAAGAAGUCCAAUCACAGAAGAAUGAAGUCACUUCCUUUCCUGGGGGAAUUUGAGGAAACCCAAAAGACAGUUAUCCUGCCUGAGAUGAACCAUGUGUCCAGCAAUGAAUCACAGACUUCGGUUGCUUUUGAAACAGAGGAACAUAAUAAUAGGAAGAAUCUGAUGAGCUCCACCGGGGCUUUGAAGGACAUUUCUUAUGGUAGUUUUACUGGUGACAUAGGAACAGAUUUCAGACCUUGGCAGAAGAAAGAAGCUCCACCAGUUCCUCCACGGAGCACUUCUCGGCACCUAACAAACUCACUUUCUGCAGUCAUACAGCUUUCAGAAGCCCCCAUAAGAGAUCCAGGCAUCAAAAGCAAUUGCAAGGCUCAGGAUUGUUGGAAUGGGGGGAAGCUGAGGAAUCCUUCACCUGUAAACAAAAAUAAAUCUGCAGUAGCCUGUGCAAAUAAAGGGCAGGCUGUGAAAGUCCCUGUAAUGGUAACUGCUGCAAUACCUGUAACCAAAAAUGAGUGCAACGUUCCAACAAAUUUCUGCCACAACACAUGGGCAUAUGAUAUGGGCAAGCUUGGAAAAGACAAUAAAAAUGAGCCUUCCCCCCUGUCAGCCCAAAAGAGCUGUUCAGAUGGAAAUAUGGCCCAAAGCAACAAGAUGCAUCAGAAACAAAACACAAAGUCUCACAGCAGCCCUUUUUGCAGCAAUGACUUUUAUGCCCCUGCUACCUCGCACAAUGAUCUUUUGGAGGACACCAGUUAUCCUUUGGGAAAGACCCAAAGAAAUGAAACGCUAGCAGCAAAGAUUGAUGAGUUUAAUCGCACUGUAUUUCACACAGAUAAACGUAACAAUGCUCUGCAGGAAAAUCAGGUGCCUCAAACAGCCUCAGAAGAUCACAAACCCUGCGAUCCACUGUGUGACUCUGCUGCUAGCAGGGCAGAAACUGUAAAUACGCCUUGUGUUUCAAAUCCCAAGCUCUCUGCAGCAAAGGAGCAAGAAACUAACAGCACCAGCAAAGCUGUCAGGACAGCAGGGCAGCAAAAACACAUGAAUGGACUUCCAAAUACCAGUGGUUAUAGGCACAUGCUUCACGAGCAUGACUGGAGACCAAGUAAUUUAUCCGGCCGCCCGCGCUCAGCUGACUCAAGGUCCAACUAUGGUGUUGUUGAAAAGCUUUUGAAAACCUAUGAAAAAUCAACUGUGACUUCUCAGUGUAAUGCAAAAUGCUGCAAAGAUAAGAGGACACAGGCAAAUUCUGAAUUCACCAAUGGGGGUUGCGAGGCACUGAGUCAGUAUUUAGAAAUGCUCCAGAUUGAGCAAGAAAAACAAGACUUUCCGAGGAAUUCAGCCAGGCAUAUUGGGCAGCAACUCAAGCAAGGAAAAGAGAGGCAGAAGUUACCAGAGAUAUGUGUGCCAGUGAAAUGUUCCAGUGAGAAGGGCUUCUCCCGUCCCGCUCGGCCGGCAAAUCGACGCCUACCUUCCAGAUGGGCAUCCAGAUCCCCAUCAGCACCGCCUGCUGUGAGAAGAACAGUGUACAACUCUGUCUCCUUUCGGUCAGAGACCUCAGUAGUCUGAACCCAGAGCUGGGUUGGAUGGUGUUGUGAAAGCUCUCUGCCUCACUAUGACUGUGUUUGGUAUGUGUCGUAGCAACCAGUUCCACACUGUUGUGUUUUGUCCAAGAGUGACCCCCAUCACAUGCUGGACAAAGCAUUCUGAAUCUUAGGUCAUCAUCACCAUGGUCUUCAGUGUUUUUAUUGAGAUGAAAUAGAGAUAUCCCUGGUUUUCUCUGGUUUUGGGUUUUUUUUUUUUUAAUAGUUCACGAGGAAUUUCUUUUGAAUGGCAUCUUUCUUAAUUUGUUGAUCAAUUUUGAGUUGAAACAAUGUAUAGUGCUGUAUAUUCUGACUUUUCUGCAAACAGCAGAACGUAAAGCUGUAUGCAUGAUCAUGUGUUUGUAGGUGCAUGUGUUGGACUAGGAAGUAUACUGGCCUGUAUUUAGAAGAGACAAACUGUGCUAGUGUUGACAUUGAAAUUACAACCUAUAUGCCUACAUAUAUAUAUAUAAAUAUACUUUGUGUUUAUUUUAAAAAGUUUGAAAUAUACAGUCCCAAUGACAUUUAUAUUUUGUAUAUCUUUUACAUAGGUUCACAGGUGUAGUAUUUAAUGUAAAAAAACUAAAUAUGCAUUUUUUGUGACUGAUCGCAGUGAUAAUGCCUUGCACAAUAUGUAUCUGAAGCAGACUAGCUUGACUGAUUUGUCAGUCAUGCUUCAUGGCAUCCUCGUUCAGUUUCCUAACCCUAAUGCUAGGUCAAAAUUCCUAAACAUAUUUUUUUGGAAUUAAAAUACUAUAUGAUUUGUAAUACAUUAGCCUUUUUCAGCACCAGAGACAUUUCUGAGAUGUUCCAAACCCUUUACAAAGCUUAUAUGUGCCAUUAUAUAUAUAGCAUACUGUAAACACUUUGGUAGAUUCAGCUACUCUAACAUACAAUUUAUGAAGGGAAGAAAAGAGUUGUAUAUGCUCAAUUCUGUAAAGCUUAUUUUUCCUUCUAGCAUUAUACUUUGAGGUUUGGCAAAGUCAGAUAUCAAUGGACUUGUUUACUUUCACUCAAGGCAGGAGAACAAGCACCACUGCUCCCAGUGCUGCAGCCACUCUCCUUUUUUACUCUUCUCCUAGACUAGAGUGCCUGAGCCACUUGCUCAUUCCCUGCUCCUGGACUGACUCGUGGCAGUCAGUUAUGAAGUUUACUUGCACUCUGGCAACAAGCUGCAUCUAAAAGGGAAAUAUUGCAUCCAGAUAUGAUCACGAUGGUGCCCGAAAUCCUGACACAUGGCAUUGCGACUCUGGUGUUGCCACCACUCGACUUGGUAUUGUUUGCCAUCUGAAUGACAUGCACAGAGCCUGGCUUGUUCCUUCUCACAGAGUGAAAGAGGUAUGGAUGCUGUCCAGGCUCUGAACUUCCAGAAAGACAGUGUCCUUCAUCCUGGAAUUUUUGCACCUUUCGUUAGGCUGUUGCUGGGUACACAGUGCAGUUAUGAUGAUAAAUGUUACCUUUAAACAGCGUGUCUAGGUCAGAAGGAGUAAAAAGGCACUUCUUCAACAUCAGCCUGAUCUUGUCUGGCAACUUUUCUUCUUCUUCUGGAGAAACAUAGUAUGUUCAAAGGAAUUUCAAAAAUCAUCCCGGGAUCCAUUAAUGUGCACAUCUUCUUAUGUGAAUGUAAAAAGGAUUUCAGAGAGAGUAUAGGCUUUUGUCCUAGUGAAUUGUAUAUGUGGCAAUAUAGGGAAAAUUUAAUGUGCUUAAUUUGUAGUGAUCUAUUGAUCUAUUCCAGUCAUGUUGAGAAUUCACACUUUUUUCCUUCCUUUAAGGACCUUAUUCUUCUUUCCUCUGCACAACUUUGUUUUUGAAAAGAGAGAAAACAGAAGGCCCUGUGUUCUGAGCAAUAGGCUGUGUGGUAGUAUUGGUAGCAGUUCAGGCUUGCGAAUAUUGGAGUGAGCAGGCAUUAGAGCCAUAAAUCCCAAUUUAUCAUGCCAUUGUGGCUGUCUGUUUGGCUAAAAAUACACUCAGAAUAAUUUGCUCUAUCUAAACUUCUGGUCCUUUCUAGGUCUAUCCCACAAUACAUGAAGAUUUCAAGCAAAUCAGGAAUUCAUCAAAACUUACUCAGACAUUAUUGCAAAGUUAUUGCUGGAAAAGAUACAAGGACAGAAAAUCUUGAAGAAAAUUCAUACAGUUUAGAUAGAGACAAAAAUCUGUGUGCUCAAGGGAAAAAUCAAGGGUUCUAUAAAUUUGACUGCCCUAAUUUCGAAAUUUCUCUCCAUUAGCUUCCUUAGCACUAGAAAAGUUAGACAUGAUUCAUGGUAAAUUUGGAACAUGGUUUAAUAUUCUGUCUAACUAUGGAAAUUAACAAACCAAGAUACCUUGCAAAUUGACCUUUUAAACGCCUAAACAGCUGACCAGCUUUGAAUGCCUAAUGCUGGGGAAAGGGUAAUAUGAGAGAAUUGUAAAAAAAUGUCGUUCUUAACUUCAGUCACUGUUGACUGCAAAAACACUUGUUUAAACUACCUUUAUGGUGAAGUUAAGCAGUUUUGUUCUGAGAAAUUGUGAUGCACUUUUGUUUGAAGUAUGUAAAUCCAAAAGCAUUUCCCUUGAUUAGUCAGUGAAGGUGUUUCUUUAGUUCCCUUCAGUUUCUUUGGUUGACUUUUACAUAGACCACAUUGUUGAAUCACAGAGAAAGGAUCAAAUACCAACAACAUUCCCUGAUGUAUGUAAGUUUAAUGAACAGAAGGUUUUUGAAAUAAACGAAUAGGUCAAGGAUGAGUCCAUUUUGUCAAGAUUUUCUGUGUCAGUCUAAUUUUAGGCAUUGGUUCUGAUGCCUAAAAGUGUCAAAACUGGUGAUUUUGGUCUGCAGACGGCUAGUUGGAAAGCCUAACUUUAGAAAAUUGCCACUGUCACUGUUUAAAUAUUCUCUUCAAAAGCUGUGGUGACUGUGGUAACUUUUCUGGUUCCUGUAACUGUGGUUAUUGAACUACAGUAAAGGCUUUAUUCACUUAUUUGCUAUAGCGGGAAAAGCUCCAUUGGGCUGUGUUGUUUCUGACAAGGAAAUCUACACAUAUACACAUACUUGUGCAAAAAACACAAAUGAUCUAAACAUUACUUGACCUUCCUAUUAAUCCUAGUGUCACCAGUGGAAGUGGUGAGCUUUGUAAGCCUGUUUCUGAAAUAGGUUUUAAUAAUUUUACUCCUCCAUACCCUGUCUGAAGUCUCAACGCAGAUAUAUGUUAUUACUUGCACUCUGAAUUAGUCUCUCUUUAUUGCAUGUCUUAGUAACUCCCUGGAGACACAGAGUCAGCUGCCCAUUGAAAUGGAGAUGUCACUAGGAAUCAGAUGUCUGGUACUUAUUAACAAAAAGCAUCAUUCUCCCUCAUGCCAACACAUACAGCCACAAUCUUGCCAGACCUUUUUAUGGAGGAGCAUGGCAGGGUAGAAGCAUACAGAGAAGAAUCACUCAGCUCUUACUUGCAUAUGUGUCAGAGCAGGCCACCUGGAGGCUACAAAAUUGGCUUGACUCAGACCCUCUGCUGGAGGCAGAAGGAGUAGAGGAGAAUAAUUCUCUUCAAAACCUCUGCAUAUCAUUCCUCAAACUCAGAGUACACUUCCAUUAUGUGAUUUUUCUUUACAAUGUAAGUGACAGACUUAUGUAUCUUUAAAGUGUUGCUGAAGGAACAAACUUUGUUUUCCAGUAACAACACAAUUGUCCCUCACUAUUACACACACUGUAAGGGAGUUGGCUGUUAUAUGUAGGAAAGGAUUUGCAAUCAGUGUAAUGGAAUUUUACAGAGCAUUCAGAUCACCAAUUUAUUUCUCCAGUUGUCUAUUAAAAAAAUUGGGGUUUAAAAUAGGGAUUUUGUAUCCAAAUGUCUUCAACAGCAUUUUAGCAAAGAUAUAUAACAAUCCAGAAGGCAAGCCCAAGAACUUACAGAAUUCUCACCGUGCUGCUGUGCAAAGGAUUUCUUUGGCUUUGAGAUCUGUAAUAUACAACUCUAGCCAUUUCAUGCUGAUAUUCUCAGUAAUGGUAUUCUCAUUUGUAAUGGUGUCUUUAGUUGUGUACAUGUCUUUACACUGGAAGGUGCUCUAAAUGCACAGAAUCAAAGCCCCUUGUUGCCUCUGGCCUUCCCACCCCUCUUUGAUUCUUAGUGUGUACUUCUAUGUGAUUUAUUGCUGUUGGUCUGUAUGUAUAUGCCAUACCAUAGGACUUUCUACCUGUACUGCAGCCAAAAUAUUUUUUGGACAGGCUGUCCCAAAAAGUGCUGAUAUUACUAUUGCCAUUCACAAAUAUAUUAGAACUUGAUCUAUUGUUUUGCAUCACUGAAAAUGCACUUUCUUCACUGUUAAUGGCAUACAUUAUACAGAAUUUGUGCUUUUGCUUUUUGAAAUGACAAUUCAUCUGCUUUUGCACUUUGGUUCUACCCCUCUCCCUCUGACCUCUUCUGUUGGCAAAGUUCUUGUAUUAGUGGAGAUGUGUUUCUGAUGUGUCCAGUUGUUCCAGUUGCUGUGUGGCCGUGGCAGCUCAUACCUAAGGGUGCCUUGCUAACUAUGUUGCUCUAGAAAGAAUUGUACUGGAAUUUCCAUGGGAUAAGAGAGAUUGAACUAUCAACAUGA